ACAACACUGAUUGGUAAAUAUCAAGGCCUUAAUACUCUCUAGAAUAUCCUAUAUUUUUAAAGGCUGAAAGUAAUUUCAGCCCUUAAUGCUUUCCAGUUAUUUUUGAUUCUUAUAGAAAACAUCUGUCUGUUAAAACGAAAUGGGAAAGAAAGAGGAAGCAAAAUAAAAAAAGAAGGAUCUUGUUUUAUUAUUCUGUCAUUAGGUAAGCCUGACAGUAAGCUGAUCAUGAUCUUGCAUUCUGUUAUUGAUAUUCAGAUACUAGAAUCUGAUAGAUUAAUCAGAUUCAACAAAGAAUGGAUAUCAAAAAAUACUGUGAGAUAAGGACUUCUUAAACUCAGACAUGAAUAGGUUCAAGUUAAUGGCUUUAGAACAGAAAACUUAUGUGGCUUUAAGGUAGAAUAAACAGAUCAUGAGGAUUGCACUGCUGAUGUAAUGAGUGAUAUGAAGAAAACUGUUGGAUAUAAAUACCUUCUAAACACAUAAGUUUCACACAGACAUGAGAAAAGACAGUUACAUCGCCUUAAAAAUGAAUUUGUAAUGCACAAAAUGGACAUUUUCUCCUUUUUUUAGAUAUAUCAAAACCAGGAGCAUUCUUCAAAAUUGUAGACCAAAGCUGUCUAUUGCAUUUAGCUGUGAAGAUGUGAGACAGGCUACCAGAGGUAGAAUCCCUGCUAUCCAUGAUACUGAGACUGAAUAAGAGAAAAGCUGGUAAUGUAUGGAGUGUGGCGCAUCCAUGUAAGGUGCUAUUAAUAUUUCUAUUGUGGUAUAAGGGUCUUUUAUAUAAGUCAUUUCUUGCAAAGUUUGACUGUUAUAUCAUGCUUAUCACCCAUUUCAUUUUUAUCAGAUUUAUUUAUUCCUAAUAAAAAAUGUAAAGCCACAAAAUAUUGUUUUUAUUUGUGAAUUUUAUGCAGGCAAUCCUGUACAGGAGACUCAAGCUCUUUUGUCUUACCUUAAAGAAUAUACUGUGCUCAAGACUACCAGAAGAACACAGCCUAAUGUCUACUUUCCUAGAAGUAUACUGUUGUGGUAAGGGCUUAGUCUGAAUGCUUAGGAUAUUUUUUAAUCUGAUGAUCACUGCAAAUAAAUUGAGGAAGUAGAAGUGUAUGAAAGAAAGCAAUAAAAUUACUUUGAAAUACUUAAGACAGGAUAAUUUUACUUACACAAGAAGAAGAUUGAAAGCUAAAGUACUUAGUGUCUUUUUAAGUAGGUUAUGGUAUUCAAGUAUUUAGUUUGUGGACUGGAGAGGGUUGGGUUUUUUGUUAUAAAGUUUUGUGUGAUAGAGUUAUAACCAAAUUAAUGAUACUUCUAAAAUUUCAUCUUUACUUUUUAUAUUCCAGCUCAAUCGGUUAGAACUAUCCAGUUUUAUGGCUUCUGCCUCAAAUAGUGACCUUGUAGUGAUUGUUGUCUCUCUUCCCAUUUGAUUGAAGUAAAAGAUUCUGACAGACUUGUUCUCCUUUUAUCUUCUCCAACGGCUAUUUGAAGAAAUAGAAUGCUAAAUAUUUUUCAUUAUUGGAACCAAGAAAAGGGGGAGUAAUAACCCCUCUUCACAUCCUGGUAAAGAUUACUUUUCUGUCUGGACUUUGAAAAUUUGCAAGAAAAUUCUUCAGCAAGAGAAUUCUUCAGCAUUGGCAAAAGUAAUCAGUAAAAUACGUAGUGGUGUAACACCGUUUCUCAUCUGUUUAGUCAGUGUUGCUGUUUAAUAGUAUUUUGAAGGUCAGUUAACUUGCAGAGAAACAUUACUAAACAAAGCAGUCAUUUUCGAUUCAAUACUGGCUUUUUUUAUUUCUAACUGUCAUUUUUGAUUUAAAACAAACUUAUUGUGCAGCAUAACAAUAUUCCUUUGUUCUUUUUGGUUCACAGUUUUAAUGGCAGUCCAGUUUAGGAGAGCCCAAUCACACUCAGCAAACGGGGAAGACUUCAACAGUGGUAAAUGCUUGGGGGGGGGGGUUGUAAAAGUGCCUCAUGUGAUGCCUUCUAUUCUCAGCAUAGGUUAAAAUUAGAACUAGACUGACAUUGCAUUGGAGUCUGAGUGAGAGUUUUAAAUGGCUUUGGUAAUGCAGACAAGAUUCAUAAUUUAUCUCCGCUCUUGUCCAGAAAGCAAUGAGUCACAGAAAAUCCUUGAAAACACCAAAUAAUUAAGGUAAGUUGUUGUUAAACUCUUUCUGAUGCUUGGAGGUAAAGUUGUUAGGAGAUCUGAUUACUUGGGAGUGAAAUUGCAGUUGUUUUACAGUCAUGCUUGGGAAUUCACUUCUGUAUUGUUGGCUGUGAUGGCAAGAUUAUUAUGGUUUUUAUUUUCUUGAUGAAUAAUAAAAUCUAAGAACAAGACUUUUUUGAUGGAAUCCUGUUAUAUAAUGAAAUCAUCCUGAAAAUAGUCAUAUACUUAGGUCCUUUGAUAUUUCAUGGUUCCAAGGCAGUAUUUGUUGAAUGAUAUGCAAAAGAGAGUUGCCCAGAGUAAGUUUUACUAGAAAUAGGUAUUGAUUUGACUGUGUAGUACGAUACUGCGUUUGGUAGUACAACUCUUAGCAAAUAUCUCUUUUCUGCACAAUUUAUAUAAAAAGAUUUCUAGUUUUCUACCUAAAAGGGCUUGUAGUUCAAAAAAUGUCUCUAAACAACAAGAAAUGAUAAAUUAGUUAAUCACUUGAUCUCAGUAGAAAUUUAAUCUUGAAAAAAUCAGGCAAUUUGAAUUGUAGCCACUGACUGGAGCAAAAACCUUCAUGCAUACAUAGCAUUUCUAUUGCAUGUUGAGAUGGGGACUGGGAAGGGUAGUUACUCUGAUGACCACUGAAAGAGAAGCUAAUCCUUCAAACUAGUAAAUGUGAUCACAUUUAUGUGGGGGAAAGGAAAAGUAUACAGUCCUCUCUUUAUAGGAAAAAAUCCAAUCCCUCUGUAGGAACCCAAAGGCUAGACUGCACUGCCAUGCUGGGGUUGCCAUUUGUGUCACUUGUCAAAUCCUGCCAUUUUUCCUUGACAAACAGAGAACACAUAAAAAUCAUAAAUAUUAGUGUAUUAGACCAGAUGCUUGUAUUCAAGCUUUAUAAUUUGAUUUCUUGCUGUCUUUACAACAGGAAGCAAUCCUGACAUUUUACAUUUUGUUUGUCUACACAUUUGAACUUAAUUUCAGACUUUACAAAUAAUUAGGUUAACUAAAGACAUAGUAAACAUAAAAUAGAAUGACUGCCAGUUUGAACACAAAAAUGGUUACUAAGCAAUUGUGGUUAAACCACAAUUGAACUAGGUGCAAUUAUCUCUAUUUUUAUACAGAAAAAAACCCAGUUGAUAAAAUCUUGUCAGUUCUUUAUAUUAACUCAUUUGACAACAUAAUGAAGUGGUUAUUGCAGUAUUUUUGUUUUCAUGUCACUGUCCCCAUCUGGUAACCCAUACCUGAAGCCGUGCAUUGAGCCUGAAAUUCAGUCAGAUUCCUGCAAGCAAAUCUGAACAUGUAAAGGAUCAUGGCUGAAACUGCAGUUUGCCUGGGAACAUUCUCUGCUGUGAAGACACUCUGGGAAGUGAGAAUACACAAGAUAAAUGAAGAAUUACAGAGAGAAAAGGAAUUCAGGCAGAGGUCUGCAGGAAGGCUACUGCUUGUCUGGGAGGAGAGAGCUGCUUUAGCAAAGCUUAAAGAAAAAGUUAUUAAUGAAGGUGGAAGAGCAAUUUUAAGGAUAGAGGAAGAAGAAUGGAAGACAUUACCUUCGUGCUUAUUGAAAUUAAUCCAUCUCCAGGAAUGGCAGCUUCACAGAACUAGUUUGCAGAAAAUUCCUCAGUUUAUUGGAAGAUUUCACAGCCUUGUUGUUCUGGAUCUAUCCCGGAACUCAAUUGAAAGUGUACCUAAAGAAAUUGGCCAGCUGACCAGCCUCCAAGAGCUGCUUCUCAGUUACAACAGAAUAAAAUCUGUUCCUAAGGAAAUAAGUAACUGCAUCAGUCUGGAAAGACUGGAACUGGCUGUCAACAGAAGUAUCUGUGAUCUUCCCCCUCAGCUCAGUGAUUUAAAGAAGCUGUCACACAUAGAUUUGUGCAUGAAUCAGUUUACUGCCAUCCCUUCAGCUCUCCUCAACAUGCCAAAUCUAGAAUGGUUAGAUAUGGGGGGAAACAAACUCCAGGAACUUCCUGAUGCAAUUGACAGAAUGGAAAACCUCCACACUUUAUGGCUCCAAAGGAAUGAAAUAAACUCUUUGCCAGAAACCAUUGGUAAUAUGAAAAAUCUUAGUACUCUUGUUCUUAGCAACAACAAGCUUAAAGAUAUUCCAGCUUGUAUGAAGGACAUGACAAAUCUGAGAUUUGUCAACUUCAGAGACAACCCACUGGAGCUAGAGGUAACACUCCCUCCGUGUGAGAACACAGAUGAGGAGGAGCAGCAGGAAAUGUUUGGCAUUGACUUCAUGCACUUGUAUAUCCAGGAAUCACUCAAGAAAACAGGAAAUGUGGAAAGUUGUACUUCUGGUUCUCCUCCUGUCAUGAAUCCUAAUGAAUAAAGAAUGUAACUGAAUGGAAGAAAAGAUCAAGUACACUUCUUCACAGCAAAGAGGCUACAACAGGUUUCAAGUAUUCCUAGGGAUUUUAUUUUUCCACUGAUGAGAACUGGUUUGCAUAUUAGCAAUUCCCAGUGAAACUGGAAAAUAUAAGACCUUUUCUUGGGUACAGCAAAGAUGAGAAAGGUUGUUUUUUUUUUUUUUUUAUU